AUGAGCGACAGAGGUUAUCAAGACCCUAGCAAGGUGUCAGAUGCUAAGGCACUGCAAAUGAUGUUCAAAUCCAACACCGGGGCUAAGGGUCAAAGUAACAUCCCCAAGAAACGAGCAGGCCCAUCGAUGCAAGCUGCGCGCCCAGCUCCUGUGCCACCAAGCGGUUCUACUACUCCGUCAACCACAGCUCGGUUCUAUCCGCCGACCCUUCUAUCUAACCCUCUUGAUCGUAAAGCUGGAGCUAUUCUGGGCCCGUCAGCUUCUGAUUUCCUUGGCCGAAGAGAUGUAGCUCCGAAAUUAUCUUCCAGUCUUGUCCAGGGUCAAGAUCACCAGGGGAAGGCCGAGGUUCCAUCCACUGUUCCUAAGGUACAGGAGGUAUCACCCAGUCUCGCUCAGAAAGAAAGUGAGAAGCCUGUGGUCAAGCUCCCGUCUACUUUAGCCGUGAUUCCGGAGACUGACAAGCUAGAUUUCGACUCGAUUCAGGGGCAGAGCGAGAAAGCUGGGGCUCACGCCACAUCUACCAAUCUUCCCACUGUUUCUAAGGCCCCUGAAAGAGUCAGCAAUCCUGAUCUCCUCUGUGACUUCGCCACCGAUUCAGGUCAAGCUUCCAUAACAGCUACGACAGUAGAAACGGCAGCUGGUCUUCCAAAGACGCCAACUAAGACUACCAAUCCUCCCGGUAAAGAGACGAAAAAGAAGACUCUUCUGGAGCUAUUCCAUAACCAAAAAUCGGACGGCGUUUUUGAUUGCCAAGCGAAGGAGGUAGCUACACAUGACUCCAAGGCCGCCGAACCUUUGAAGUACUCGCCCGACGAACUUCUGGAACUGAAGGCAAAUGCAAAGACGGGGGUUCUCCCCCCUGACUGCAUAGUCAAGCGUCACAACACCAGCCAGAAAGCGGGUAUUGCUGCCACAUACAAAUCGGCUGCCAGUUUCAUUGCUCAUAAGACUACCGCUGUAUGUGGAUCUCAUGCUGAGAUGACUGAGCCUACUGUUCUUCGUCCCACUGCUCCGCAAACUUCACCCAAGCAGGCUAAGCCCGACUCUAUUCAAGCUCCUAUUGUGACCACUGCCGAACCUGCACAGGCGGGAAAUCUUAUUGAUCUUGAAGGAGGUCAAGUUGGCCUCAAGUCUGAGGCUGCAGAGAAGGUACCUGGAACCUCCUGUCUCGUUCAUCAACGCUGGAUGUCUAGCCUCACCUAUGAUGAUCUCGCUGAUCUGCAACCUUGUUCGGAGCAUACUAAGCUUGACUCUGCUCAAGCUCCCACCGAGGCCCAAUCCGAAUCUAUGCAGGCCAAAGAUCCCGUUGCCUUCAAGGAGCUUCCAGAUCCAGAAAAGCCUAAGGGGGUUCGCCCUCAGGCACCUGGUUUUGUGCCCAAACUGCACGCGCCGCCAGCCACUUCCAUGCUAGCUCAGUAUGCGACUCCAUCGCCAAUUGAUUUGGGCGGUAAUGAGGCCUCGCAACAUGCCUCGACAAAGACAUUUGCUCCUGCUGAGCAAUUCAUGGUCACUGCGACGCCUGUUGCUACUCAUGCCAAUGGCUUCCGGAUCACUGGCCCUGCCACCAGUCAAAUCAUGUUCAGCUCACCUAUCAAUGUCACCUUCUCGACCGAGCUGCCCCUGCGCACUGCUGGCGACAAUGGGGAGGUAGCUCGUGCCCCAAAAAAGCCCACCAAGGGCCUCGAUGCAUCCAUGUGGGCUAAGUAA